AUGAGUGCUGGUGAAUCCAUUCAAGACGAGGCCAGUGCACAGAACGUCUUUAACAGGGAUGAAUACUAUCCUACACCCAAUGAAUCGAAAUUGAGCUAUGCACAGCGAGAUAACGGUGGACUGAUCAUAAAAACAGACCUGUAUGCGUUGAUUGUAAAACUAACAUCGCCUGUGGACGCAAUUGACUACAUGUUUUUAUCCGAUUUUUUUCUCUCGUAUCGGAAGUUCAUUAAACCCAUCGAGCUCUUGGAAUUGCUAAAACACCGAUUACAAUGGACGUUUGAUGAAAUUGUGUGUGGAGAUAGCAGCCGCGAGAAAAUUGGUCAGGUCGCUUCAGUCCGCACGUUUGUGGUGUUCAGACACUGGAUUUUGAAUUAUUUCGCUCAAGACUUUCUGACAAAUGCAGUGCUAAGAGGUAACUUUGUGUCGACUAUCAACACCCUACAAUGGGGGAAGUCCAAGCCAACUCCAAAACUCAUCCAGGGAAUCGUCAUCACGAUCAAAAAAUCGUGGGUCAUGUGUUUAAAGCUCAUGUGGGAAGACGUUUCACCAGACAUUACGCCAUCCGAUCCAGAAGGAUGGCUGCAUUUCCCAAUUAGAGACGUUACGCUUAAAUCAGCAUCUUCUGGUGAAGACGGUAAACGACUAAGUUUGUACGCUCUUCAAAGUUCUCAAAACCCGGAGUUUCGCAAUAGAAGUGUGCUUUCCCUUUACACUUCCAAAGAUAAUUUCCAGCUGCCAGAAACUGUCGAUGAACCGAACGCCAAGACUAAUGUCAAGUUCAAACAGCGAACAGCUAGCAUGUUUUUAUUCCCGCGAGAUAACUCAUCCAUGGCCGUACUACCACCCGAAGGCGGCAAUUCUCCGGACCAUAAAAGUAGUGGGUUUGUGAUACCGAAAACCGGAAGUGUGACUGAAGUAAUAAAAGACCUGCACGUUCCUCCAACACCAUCCGUUGACAAGUUGAUACCUCCUACUCCUGCUAAAAACAUUGAAUUUAUACUCAGAUCUUCAUAUCUACCUUCGAAGGGCGCCGGAGAUAACACCGAACGCCCUCGAAAGGAAAAUACAGGAAUGAUGGGUCUUUUGUCAAAAUGGAAACGAAAUCAUAAUACGGGACCUCUUCCUGUGCCGACGAGACAACAAUCGACCAGUUUCGAGAUAGAAAACUUCAUCAAAUUAGUGUUUUCGAUUACCUCACUGGAAAACAAAGGUGGCGAUGAGAUGCAAAGACUUCUUACCAGCUCAUCUUCGAGAUUUGACAUUUUGAGUGCAAGGACUAUAGAUGAAGUAGAGUUUUUCAUUGCCAAGGAAAAUGAGCUCUUAACCAAAAUCUCACGCCAAGGAAGACAUUUGGACCUACAAAAUGAUGCACACCUCGGGUCACCAGCAGCCAUUGCAGAUGGGGUAAGUGCUAUGGAUAAUUUAAAUCUUUACAAGACGGUGAGUUUCAUAGCAUCUUCAGUCAUUUCACUGUCGAAAACGUUGCAAAGUCAACAAAUCACCUCACCUUCUUACGCUGCAUUUGAGAGACGCCGAGUUAACAGCGUCGACGGCUUUUACAAAAAGAAUAGAACUGUUGCCAGAGCGGCAACUCUUCGUACGAAUACAAAAUCCGUUAUUCUUGCGAACGAUGGACCACGCAAACUAGUAUUCCAUGGACAAGACAACAUCGCGAUGAAAAGGAUGAGCGAGCGUCAAGAAGUUCCUUCUACGGUUUCAAGGUCUUCGACGGGUGUUUGGAGUCACUCGGCACCUAAUCUAGUGAGUCCUAUCACGAAAAGCAUGAAGGAAACUCCGGAAGAAAAGCUCAACAAGAGUCCUUCACAUCAUCUUUUGCGACUAUCUUCCAGCAUUGUUGAAGUUGAAAAUAUGGACUCUGGUUCUCGCCGUGAUGAUAUAUAUGACGCGGGGUCUGUUAAUAGCCAUAUCACAAACAUGCAUUCUCCUGUUAUAAAGAGGAAAGAUGGCCUUCAAAAUCUCAGGGAAUUCAACUUUGAAGAAGAUUUGGAGAAUGGUGAUACUAAUCACUCAUUGCAUGAAGUUGGAGAGAUUUUUGUAUCAAACGCCUUACAACAAGCUGCUCCAAUGAGCAAAGUCGAUGACGACUACUCCAGUUUCAUCACCUCAAAUGACAACAUUAGCCUACGCGAAAACGCAGGGCAUUUCACGCCUGCUUCAUCUGUCGCUCAUAGGUCGGUGAGCAGCAACAGCGGGCGUAUAAGUCUUUUGGGAAGCCGAAAUCCAAGAACUAGCCAACUGAAACCAGUAGCACAAAUCAGUAGUGUUGUGAAGGACGAUGUUUUUAAGAGGCUCGACAAUAAGCUCUUGAACAAUCAGGAAGAAAUACGGCAUUUGGAGGAGAGAACUUCGAUGAUAAACCUCAAUGGGGAAAACAGAAAGUUAUCAAAAGUUUCACAGGUAUCACUCACUUCCUCCGUGCCAACAGAACAACUAUAUGCAUCAAGAGACGCGAGUCCAAAUAAAAGAGAUGGUGUGAAUAAUGUUAAAGAUUCUGAGGCAAAUCACAAAUAUGUUCACUUAUCCUCUGUACCCAGCAUACGCUCAAUUGUGAGUGAGGACUCAUUCUCCACUUUCCAUACGGUGGACACUUUCAGUAAGCUUUCUAGCAGCAGCAGGGCCGAACAAGCCUCUGGUACAAGUGCCUCUUUUAUUGAUUACUCCUUAAACGCGGCUGUGAAGGAAUCUAUGGGCCUAGCUGAUAGUAACGAUAAGCCGGGCAACAAGUAUCUUUUCUCUCCCGACAAUGGUAGCAUUGACGACGCAUCACCCGAAAAAAAUGUGGACGAUUUGAAAAUCAAGUUCAUAAGUCCUAUGGGCAACGACACACUGUCUAUGAACGAUGAUGGACUUUCGAUAAUUGAAGGAAAAGAAGAAGAGAACGGACCAAAUGAAGAACAGGAGUUAGAUGAUAUCUACAAAGAAAAACAUCAGCAUGAGCACCACCGGCGUACUGUCACACCCAUUGUUUCUCCUUACAAGGCUGAGGACAGCAGACUAAACAACCUGGCCAAUUUAACUGAUGAAUCACUGCAUGGUGAUCCCGUCAACGUUGCACUCAUGAAGCUAGAAGGAACGUUUUCCUUAGCUCAUAAAAAUAAAGAAGAUGAAGAGGCCGACAUGCAGGAAAUGAGAUUAAAGCGACUUUCUGUGCUUGGCCUUGGUAACAGAAACUCAUUUCUAAUCGAAAGGAGACGUCAGGUAAAGAGUGAAAUUCCGAUGACACCUCAUGCUAAAAUCCAAAAAGGCAAAAGCAGUCAUAAGGUGACUGAAAGCCAGAUCCAAGAACUUCUUAACAGUUAUACCUUACAGGACAGUAGGUUGGAUAUCAGUAACGCAGAUCAACAUGUGCCCUUCAUAUUGAUGUAUGACUCAAAGUCAAUUGCGGAACAAUUGACGCUGAUAGAACGGGAAAUCUUAAGCGAGAUAGAUUGGAAAGAGCUUUUGGAUCUCAAAGUCAGUCGAACCUUUCCAUCCGUUACAAGCUGGCUGCAGCUUUUGUUACAAAAUGUCAAUUUGUCUGGUGUUGAUCUGGCAAUUGCACGAUUCAAUCUAACGGUUGAUUGGGUCAUUUCAGAGGUUGUGCUGACAACAGAUAAUAAGCUGAGAAGAAACACCAUUCAACGCUUCAUACAUGUAGCAGACCAUUGCAGAAGCUUUCAGAACUACAAUACAUUGAUGCAAGUAAUACUCGGUCUGAGCUCGCUCGUGGUGCAAAGUUUCAGAGAUGCCUGGAGGCUGAUUGAACCCGGCGACGUGCUCAUAUGGGAAUCUCUGAAAAACAUCCCGUCCCUGGAAAAGAAUUAUCAGAAUAUUCGUGGGCUGCUCAACAAUAUUGAUCCUCUGAAAGGCUGCAUACCAUUCAUUGUGGUAUAUCUGUCUGACCUAACACUCAACUCAGAAAAGAAGAACUGGAUCGCCGUCAAUGAAGUUCUCAAUUACAGCAAGUUUCAGACCAACGUCCAAAUAGUCAAGAAUUUCAUUCAAAGGGCUCAAUGGUCCAAAUUCUACAAAAUUCAAACAAACGAUGAGCUUUUAAGCAAGUGUGUUUACAUCAGUUGUCUUUCCCCGGCUGAAAUCACGCAAUUGCGAGAUACUUCAGCGUCUCCACGUGUGGAAACGACUGAAUUCCAAGUCUAA